AAAAACCCUCGUUUUUCGAAACAUACAUGAUAAAUUUACCUUAAACCACAUUGUUCGUUAACACCAUCCAUUCUAGUCUUGUUCUAACUUUCAUUUCAUAGAAUCGAAAAAAGAAUAUUUAAUGGUGUAUGUCCUGUUGCACAGAAUAUGAUUUACACUAAAUUGACUUUAAUUUUUUUUCAUUACUUAUCUUUAUUUAAUUCAGUUGAUGUAGAAUUAUUUCAUUUUUAUUACGUUGACCAACAAUAAUCAUUAAUGAUGAAAAUGAGGAUUUUUCUUAUUUAUAUUAUAUUUACAUGUGAAUUAAUUUUAGUUCAAAAUCUAUUUAGUCCAUUACAAGUACAAAAACGUGUAAUUAAUGGUCAAAAAGCAGAAAAAUUAGAGUAUCCAUGGGCUGUAUCUAUAAAAGGCACAAAUCCUGUAUACAAACAAGUCACAUAUUGUGGAUCAACAUUUAUACGAGAUCGUUGGUUACUUACUGCUGCUCAUUGUUUUUGGGCUGGAUCAUGGAGAAAAUCUCACCUUUUGGAUCCCAACAACUGGCAUGUUCAAGCUGGAAGUAACGUGAUUGAAUUAGGUGAAGAACAUGGAUAUAGAGGACAUGUAUUAAAACCAGGUACAAACGGACGUCAAACUGUUGUAGCUACUUUAAUCAAAAGGCUGAUUGAUAUUUUCUCCAGUGGUAACUCAAAAGAAAAUCAAGGAGCCGUCUGGCAUACACAUGUUAAAAAAAUUAUACUUCAUCCAAAUUAUAGACCAGACGAUCUAGAAUAUGAUCUGGCCUUGAUAGAAUUAGAAAACCCCUUGCCAUCGGAAGAUCCAGGGGUUCAACCAGCUGAAUUACCACCUAGUGAAAACUACCUUGCUUGGCCAGCUGAUCAUGCUGAUUGCAUAUUUGUCGGAUGGGGUUGUCGUGUCAAAAAUGGUCGACCAUCAGCACAAGCUCAAGCUGUUCAUUUGUUAACAUUAAAAAAUCAGGACUGUUCGUUAAUGUAUGGCAAUGCAGCAGGGUUGAACGACCAUCAUGAGUUUUGUGCUGGUUAUUACCAAGGACGAGUAGGAAUAUGCUCAGGUGAUAGUGGGAGUGGUCUGAUUUACAUGAAAGAUAAAAAACAUUACGUUGUUGGUGUGGCUUCAGCUACACAUGCUACAGCACCGGAGCUUUAUCCAGGUUUAUUCACAAGGGUUUCAUAUUUUAGAGCAUGGAUUGAUGGAGUGAUAGAUGGAACAACGAAUCAAAAUUUAACUAGUCCAAGCCAAUAAAGAAAAAACUGGAUUUACACUGUCAUAUUUUCAGUACAUUUCACAUUAAUAAUAUUAAAAUACACAAAAGAAGCAUUGAACUAUUUUCAUGUUGAUUUUAUUCCAUCUGACAUAACGUGUAAUUAAUAUACUGUAAUAACAUUGAAUACAUAAUUUAAAAAAUAAAAAAAAACUUUUGAAAUCAUUAUGUUUGUUAAUGAAGAAGAUACAAGAUGAAUUCGGUGCAUGUAAUUUCAUAGAUACUUUCUUAGAGAUAUUCUGAUCUAUAUCUAUGCAGAGGAUUUAGAACUAUGUCGAUACAGAUGUUUCACAUCUUAAAAUGAUUUAAGUUUUAAAAAGUAUAUAAUUUCCGUCUUAUCUGUUAUUCAACAAUACUUUAAGGAGAAAAUUUGUCAUACAAAGGCAUUUGAUAAAGA